GCUGGCAGAGCGGCGCAGGGAGCGGCUGGUCUGCAGCCAAUGGUGAGCGCUGUGUAGGACGGCAUUGUGAAGAGCCAGGGAUUUUAGCGGGCACCAGUCGGCGUUUAACUUCAUCUUUAUGCUCAUCUCAUAGCGUCAAAGGGGCAUCUGGACCGACGACAGCUCUUACGAAUCGAACAUUUUUGUUUCUCAAUAUAGCUGACAGGCACCAUGACUGACAGGAAGGCCGUGAUCAAGAACGCUGACAUGUCUGAAGACAUGCAGCAAGAUGCAGUCGAUUGUGCCACGCAGGCCAUGGAGAAAUACAACAUCGAGAAGGACAUUGCCGCAUAUAUCAAAAAGGAGUUCGAUAAGAAAUACAAUCCUACGUGGCAUUGCAUUGUGGGGAGGAACUUCGGCAGCUAUGUGACCCACGAGACGAAACACUUCAUCUACUUCUACUUGGGCCAGGUGGCCAUUCUCCUGUUCAAGUCUGGCUGAAUGGAGACCAGACCGUAGAAUGCAUUUCUUUCUGAAGACUGUGAUGCACUGGUGGCUGAUGUUGUAUCUAUCAACACACUACGAAUAUUUAAUGAGACCAUACCAUGACUAUGCUGGUGUGUGCACAACUGCAUGGAUCAUACCCCAUACUACUUGUGUACAUAUUGCAGUUAAAUUGCUUUUUCAUUAGAAGUCCCUUUGUUAAUUGGCAAAGUUUUUGUUAAUGGUCCUUGCAGGUAUUUCCUAGCACAUAUGUUGGUGAAUUUAAAAUAAAGAAAACGGUGUAAUAAAAGUUAGAAAAUGUCUAUUGACCAGCACAUAUGUCUGCUUUGAAUUGAUCUAUAUAUAUUUUUAGUGACUUAGUGCUGUUUUACAUAAAUCCUACGCACUGCAAAGAGCAGAAGCACACACAGCUGUAUGGUGGCUAGUCUUGUAUAGUAUGAUCUCUGUUAAUAUAAAAAUAUUCUGAUUACCUCGGAUUAUUUUUUGUUUGUUGAUUUUUGAUACAGGAGAGUUAUUGCAUUUCAGAGACCCCAUAUAAAUAUUGAU